CAUCAAGGCUCAGGCGCGCUCGCUUUCACUCGCUACCGCCUCAUCAUCCGAUCUGCCAAAGCCUUAGCAGAGAAGUCGCUGCCAAGGCCAAUGAUCAGCGCCUGCAUGCACAGGUACCGUCAUCUCCAACCACACCUUUCCAGGCGGGCGGAUGGAGUAGCCCGCAAUCCAACGAGAACCGGCCUUCUAGCCCUGCCACAUCGAUUCCAGGCAGCCCGGAGCCCAGCUCAGUCGCCAAAGUAACGUCGUCCCCUUGCCACCGCCCGUCGUCCAAGAAGCAACCUCUGGCUGUGCGUCCGCAAGAGCAGAUGGUCCUGGACCUUGGACAGCGCAUCCAGAGCACGUGCCGAGAAUGCGAAAUGUCCUUUGACAGAUCGGACGUCAACGAUGUGGCUCUUCACACCAAAUACCAUGAGCGCAUGACUCGUGGGGUGGAGUGGAGCACCAAGCUGGUCGAUGCGGGCGAAGAGUGCGGGAGCGUCAACAUCCCACCAGCCAUCGCAAAGAAGCUAAAAGCGGGCAGCAACGAGGUCCGAUUGCUCCGGUACAGCCUCGCUAGCAACACGAACGCUAUGCUCAGUCGCAAGAUUGAAGAAGUCUGCAAAUGUGUCGACGAGGCGCUGGGAGCUGCGAGGCUGGCGGAUCAGGCGCGCAAGGAGGGCAAGCUGCUCGUGGGCGUGUCCAAAUCUGGUCGCGUGCUGGGCGCUGCAGUCGUGGGACCCUGCCCGCCCAAGUCCGCUCGCCGAGUCGCUCCUCACGAAGAUGGCAAAGACGCCGUGUUCAUCUCUGACGAUCCAGCCGAAGCGCGCUCGCCACCCUUGGCAGUGCACCGCAUCCACGUCCUCCAUCCUGCCAGACGAGCAGGACUGGGCGUCGCUCUGCUCGAUGCGGCGCUGGCUGGCGCAGUGUAUGGCAUGAGCACCGCUUCGAUCGAACGAAUGUGCGGUGGAAGAGCGGGAACGACGGCUUUUAGCCAGCCUACGCAGGCGGGAAGGAAGCUGGCUGAAGCGUGGAUCGAGCGCGGCGGCAGCGCACCGUUGGAGCUGCUCAUCUCUCACGCGCUUUGAGUUGGACCCUGGAGGAACCGGUCCCCCACGGGGAGCCCG